AUGCCUCCACUGCAUACAAAACGCGGCGAUGCAUCAUUGCCAAGUCGAAUUCGGGAUCUCUUUCGCAAAAGGCAGACCGUCGGACAUCAUGAACAGGAUAUACAGGAAAUUUUGAAACGGGACCGCGACAAUCUACUCAAGGAAAUUGAGAGAAUAUUGGACGGUCAAAGGGCAUUAGAGACGCUUACAUCGCUAAGCCAGCUGAAUAUUGCCAGCACUUAUCGCUCUGCCUCAACACAGACGGAGAUGCCUGAAGAAUUAUCUACAUCUGCAACACUAGUGCUUGAGGAUACCGCAAAGGCAGGUCCCAGAUAUACAUCUUCAUCAACACAAGUUGAUCUAGAAGUCGUUAAGAGAAAGCCAUUUGCUAUCAUCACUCAGAUUGCCAGAUCAAGCCAGGGAUCGAGCCCAGAGUCAAGCCCGGAACCACCAAGUUCAAGAUCAAGCUACUCUCCAAGAAGUGUCAGUCCGAUAUCAAAUCCGUCUAGAAAAUCGCAUAAAGAGAACUCCAGUUCCAGCAAGCUAGUCAAGAAUUCUGGUCAUAUUCCCAUACCUAUUGGCGAAAUGAGAAGAUUCCCGUCAUCUUCAUCCCAAAGUAUCCCGAAUACCCCACCGCGCGGGACGGCAGACAACGGCACAAUACGCCGGAAGUGGCACAGUAUUGACAAUGAAACUGGCGUGAUAUGGGCAUGGCGGACAUCCAGAAUACCUUGGAAGGGGGGGAAAACGAUUCUAGUCCGUCUUCCACCUCAUAGUUUUGGAGAAAACCUGCCACGGAUUAAGCGUCAGAGCUAA